CAGAGGGCAACAGCUCAGCUGCUUUCCCAGGGCCUGCACCACAGCUGAAAAGGUGGGUGCCAGGACUUCACAGCCCUUAAAGGACCCAAGCAGGGGCUGUGGAAAUUGAGGGGGGGGGGAAAUAGCCAAUCUCCAGCCUUCAGCAUGGAGGAGGAAGAGGGACUGGAUCUCUCCCUGUGACCCAGUGACGACUUUGGGGAGAAGGGCCUGAGAAAAAUGGGAGAGAGUCCAAGAGAAGGAAGGCUGUCACUGAGCCCUAGGGCUGGGAAGAGGGAGGGCCUGGCUGGCUGGCUGCUACAGGCAUGGAGUGAUCUAGCAAAUAGAGUCAAAGUCUACCUGCAAGUGUCGGGUGAAGGUCCAUGUGUAUCUCUGUGGGUGAAUGAAGUGGCGGCUGAGGCAAAUGUACCGGUAAGUAUCAUUUUAGUGCACCCAUUGCUCAGAAGGCCAACUGAGACUAAAAGGAAGACCGAGCAAGAGCCUAAUGCCACACAAUGGGUCUCUCUCUGGCCCUGGUGGCAUUUGAACCCAGGACUUACACCUGCACCCACUAACUACACUGCUUGUAGCAGCAGCAGAAGAGAAGGAUGUCUCUCUUGGUGCUGCAGAAAUCUACUGAAGGAGCAGAUGGGCAGGGAAACAAUCCCUGACAGCACCUGCCUCAAAGUCUUCCUGGCCUUGCUGGAGUGGAUCUACACAUGGGGAAAAGCACGCUAUAAAUAUGUCAGAAAUUAAAUUGUUAUAACAAAAGAAAAGAAAACGCUAUGUAAAAUCGCAUAGAAAAGUUUUCUGCUCUACAGCGCCGUCUGGUGUUGCAUGUUUAUAAUGCAUUCAAAACUCUGUUCUUUUCCUGACUAAUGUAGCUGAGUCCCAGAUGCAACCAGGAUGCUGCAAUCUUCUGUUUAACCAGACCCUUUCCGAGCCUCUGCCCUUCAGAAGAAGAGCAGCUUGCAGAGACCUGCAGGACUUGGCUCUGAGGUGCCACAGGAGGAUUAGCAGGAGAGAAGUGCCACAAGCAGUGAUUGUCCCUUGGUGGAAUUGCCCAGUGUGGAAUUCUCAUGCCAAGAGCAGCUGGGGCUAAAGCAGGACCUGAAAUCAGGACAUAUGGAUGGAGGUGGACUGUGGUCACUUUGCUUGGAGGGAAAGACCCUCUGUCCUUGCUCAGACACACUCUUGUAUUAAUAUCUCAUAGGAUCUAGGUUCAAUGCCUGGAAUUGGCUUUGUUAAAUCUUUUUAAAAUGCAAAUGUGCACGUUAAGCCACUGGUUGUGUAUCUAUUAGUUGCAGCAAGACUUAUUGUAACUAGGUAUAGGAAAUAUAUGGAAGGAGUAUAGGUAUAUAUUGCUAUACAGUGGUACUUCGGGUUACAGACACUUCAGGUUACAGACUCCGCUAACCCAGAAGUAGUACUUCGGGUUAAGAACUUUACCUCAGGAUAAGAACAAAAAUCGCGCAGCGGCAGCAGGAGGCCCCAUCAGCUAAAGUGGUACCUCAGGUUAAGAACGGUUUCAGGUUAAGAACGGACCUCCAGAACAAAUUAAGAUCUUAACCAGAGGUACCAUGGUAUAAUGGCAAAUUGGUAUAAUAUGGUCUGGAAACUGGCACUUGAGAAACUUACCAAUAAACUUCGAGCGGCACAAAGUCUAAGGCAAAAGGACUUAUUCACAGUAGAAUGGCACAGCUUCAACAUGCAUAGUGUGAAAAAUGACUUUAAUGAACUGCAUGUAAACAUCUUUGGCUGACGUCCUCCUUUGAGGACCUUUGCAAGCUGGAUAUAUGAUGUGGACUUGAAUACACUUCAGAUACGGAUGCAGACAUCAUCUCUUGCGGAGGGUGGAGGGACGGCUGGAUUUUGGAUUUACGUUUUUUUGUAUCGUUUUGUAAUAUAACAACCCAAUAAAAGUGAUCCUAACAAAAAUCUAGGAACUCUCCCCCCCCCCCCGUUUUUGCCUACAGCUCUGCCAACAUGGCACCAUCGUUUCUGUCGCGCCAAGGUCUGCCCCGCCUGGCCUACCACCGCCUACCAGGCUGCAGCCCCGGUGUCGUCUUUUUGCUGGGCUUCUGCAGCACCAGAGCCAACCCCAAGUGUCAGAGGAUGGAGCAGUUCUGCCGAGAGACAGGACGGGCAUUCGUCAGGUGGGAAGCAAGAAGCUGUUUGGACUCUCCAGAGGUCCUGGGGUGGGCUUAGGGCCCUUUUGCGGCCUGAGGCAAAGAUGGCCUCCCAUGCGUCGAAGAUGGUGGCUGAAUUUCACUUCCACGCUGGUGACAGGACAGUGUCCUCUCCUGGGCCAAAGGAUGGCAGACACACAGAGAGGUGUCCUUCACAAAGCCACCACUUGCUGCCUCCACUCUGCCUAAUGGGAGGGGCAGCCCUAGGUGUGUGCCCCUUUGGGGGAAGGGUCUUCAAAAUGUCUCCUCUCACCCCAGCUUUGACUACCGGGGAUGUGGGGAGUCAGAUGGCUGCUUUGAAGAGAGCCGCCUGGGGGACUGGAAGGAAGACACCUUGAGUGUGUUCGACGAGCUCACCAGCGGCCCCCAGGUAAGCAUCCCUGUGAUUCACUAAACCAUCCAUGGCUGGCACAGGCAACCCACCUCUCUGCCCUUAGUGCCAGCGAUAUGGAUGACCAAACCCCGCACCCAUUGCCCCAUACGGUCGCUCCAGCUCAUCUGGCCUUUCUGCUCUUCAGGGGCCUGCUGAGCUGUGGAUCGGGGGCCUGCCUUUAGGGCAGGAAGUCCGACCAGAUGGGCUCUUGGAACCUCCUGGCUGAUGCCCAGACAGCUCACAGAUGGGCACAAACACCAGCUGCUUUUGAAGGACAGCACAGAGUUGCCCAGAGAAGGUGCUGGUUGCCAUCCCAGAUAGCGGCAGAGGGCAAACACCUCUUCCUCUUCUUCCAGAUCCUGGUGGGGGCCAGCAUGGGGGGCUGGCUGAUGCUGUUGGUGGCCCUGGAGCGCCCAGGUAGGGUUGCUGGGCUAGUUGCCACAGGGGUUGGCGUUGAUGCCUUCAUCGCCCAUGCCAGGGGGCUCCCUGCAGAGGUGAGCAGCAGCUCUUGGCCAAAGAGAGGGCCACCCUGGGAUUAUUUGGGAGGAAGGGAGGGAUAGACCUUUGGUCGAUACUGUAUUGAUGCCAAUCUAAUGCGCCAUCGAAUCUAAUGCGCACCUCAAUUUCCAAAACAUCAGAACCAAAAAAGCAUUGGAUGGUGCCAUCAAAUCUAAUGUGCACCCUUAAUUUUCAGUGUGGUUUGGCAAAAAAAGGUGUGCUCUACAUUCAAGUAAAUAUGGUAAAUAAACAGCAAGGGGGUGGGAACUGGGGUGCCUGGUAUCUGCCCCCCCCAAAGGGCAUGCUUCUCAUGGAAGGACCACGUGGCAAAUUUGGGGCUCUGCUGCCAUCCAGACUGGGGCUAGGUUCAGCCCUGGGGUGGGUGAGGCCACGGUGGCCGCUGCUCCACCCUGUUUUGACUGUGCCCUUUCUGCCCUCUUGCCCAGGUGAGGAGCCAAGCCCAGCAGAAUGGCUUCCACGUCUUCCCUAGGGCUGGCAAGGAGCCCCUGCUCAUGCAAUGGGGCUUCUUUGAGGAGGCAGAGCAGCACGGCCUGCUGGAGCGCCCAUCCAUCGGCGUGUCCUGCCCUGUCCGGCUGCUGCACGGCUUGGGGGACAAGACCGUGCCCUGGCAGCGAGCGCUGGAGGUGGCGGAGCGGCUGCAGAGUGCCAAUGUCCACAUCACGCUGUUCAAAGGAGGGGAGCAUGGUCUGGACAAAGAGGAAGAGCUCAGUGAACUGGUGGGGGCAGUCAGGGGCCUCCUGGCAUUGGUGCCACAGGAAGGCUGAAGCACAUGGGGGGCAGAGGCUCAAGGAAGCCCCCAGGGAUCCAGUUGGUGCAGCCUAGAUUGACUGCCCAGAGGGGUUCCUGUCUACUACACACAGCACUUUCCCCUGGUCUUUGCAGCGGGGGGUGGGGGCACACUUUAAAAGGGGCAGAAGGCCUAGGGGGAAGGGGGAAGCAAGGGAGGAAGGCUGCAGGCAGAGAAGCUGCCUAUAACUUUUCUUAAUGCCAUG